UAAUAUCUUUCCUUGGAGUCCUAUUCCUAUCGGUAUCGGCUCAGUACUGGUAAAAGACCUGGAAAUAAAAAUAAAAAUUUAAAAAUAAUUGUGAGAUUUUAAACUUUUUUUAAUAUAGGGAUUUGUUCCAUUUAUUGGUGGCACGAUGGGUUCUAUUUUAUCAGUUUAUCAGAGUAAGUUGUCUAUUUUAAGAAAUGUCUGUGUAGCAUAUUGAACGCGAAAAAAAAAAAUGUAGUUUAUUUAUCUACGACAUUGGGUAUUCCUAUCUGGUUAUUGAUGCGCAUGGUGUUGAAUAUCGUGAUUGCUUUUCUUUUGAGCCUCGUGCCAUUAUUGGGUGGGUUUCUCCACAUGUUUUAUAAGUCCAAUUCAUAUAAUUUCCAAGAAUUGAACAAUUGGAUGAAAGGUCAGUGUAGAUCAAGCUCAGCUGGAAACUCGGAAGGAAAGAUACGGGCAGAACGAAAAACGAAAUAAAUUUUUUUUAUUGAAUAUGUAUAAAAUAAAAAAAGGGGGGAUAUAUGUGUGUGUGUGUGUGUGUGAGUAAGUGUGUUUAGUGCAAGUUAGAUUCUCAAGAGAUCUUCUAAUUCGUCUUCAUCAGAAAC